AUGAGUGAAAGUAGACCGAGCAGUCAGGAUAGACCCAGCAUUUCACAGCAAACUGUGCAGACGGGAUCGGAUAAUGUGAGCAGUGGCGGCUCUCGCGGUUCAGAACGCGUUGAAAGGGCCCUUGAAAGACUCUCCAGGGACGAAGAGCCGCCCAGGGGUACAGUGGUGUACGAAGACGACAUAAGUGAGAUCCUGGUGGGCAUCAAGCGUCUGAUUGUCGGGCACGACAGCUUGAACUCGCAAGUGCAGCAAAUGGACUCGAAAACGGCUCAAACACAGCUGGAUCUUAAGUCACUGGUGACGCGCAGCGCCAACAACAACAGACAUCUACAGGAUCUGCUGGUGUCGAACCAAGAGGGCAGGAGCCGUGGGAGGGCCGUGGGAGAGCUCUCACAGUCCACAAUUCCGGAUCAAGCCGAGUCAGACGAGAUAAACCGCCUCCGUCAGGAACUGGAGCUCUACAAGCAGCAACACGCACAUCUGACUGCAAUCAACGCACAGAUCGCGCAAAAGCAGCACGAGCUGGCAGACGUGCAAACGCAGUGCGCACUCGUGGUCGCCAAACUCGCAGAAAUGCAGCGGGAGUUCGAAAAGCUGCAACGCGAUCACAAAGAACUUGACGCGCAAAUCGACCGUACGCUGCUGGAAAAAUGCAAAGCCGUUGAAAACAACCUCGCAGUCUCCGCCGCGAGCUUCCUGCCGUCCAAGAUCCCCACGAGCAGCGUGCCGAUGACCAAAAUGAACCAAAUCACCAGCAUGCUGCGCAAAAACCAGACCAACGGCCGGAGGGUCGUUUCCCUCAAUGCAGCCGAUAGCAUGCUCAGCUACGCACCGUCCAACAACUCAGAAGACAACCUGGACGAAGAUUAG